AGGAAGCCCCUCCAAUCAAGUCUGACCCCUCCCAGCACUUUCAUUUUGGACCCUUCUAGCAUCUCACCUGCACACUUUUCACUCGGUUUGGCUUGGCUUGGCCCGGACCGGACCAUGGGGAUGGUCCCACAUGAGCUCGGUGCAGCGAGGAAGAGUCGCCAUGUGUGCAUGUGGAAGGGCUAGUUAGUUAGGGAGCUAGUUAGUUAGUUAGUGAUUGCGUCGUGUACAGUGCAUGGCCCACGCACGGAGUGGCACCGACCAUGCACAAGCCCCUCCGAACCUGGACCCUGUACCCUGUGUUCCUGUGUUUGGGCAUCAUCUACCUCAGGCUAGGGGCCCUGUCCUCAGUGGUGGCUCUGGGCGCCAACAUCAUCUGCAACAAGAUUCCCGGGCUGGCACCACGUCAGCGAGCCAUCUGCCAGAGCCGCCCGGACGCCAUCAUUGUUGUGGGCGAAGGUGCCCAGAUGGGCAUCAAUGAGUGUCAGUAUCAGUUCCGCUACGGACGCUGGAACUGUUCGGCGCUGGGGGAAAGGACGGUCUUCGGUCAGGAGCUGCGUGUAGGCAGUCGGGAGGCGGCGUUCACCUACGCCAUCACGGCGGCAGGCGUGGCCCACGCCAUCACGGCGGCGUGCAGUCAGGGCAACCUGAGCCAAUGCGGCUGCGACCGGGAGAAGCAGGGCUACUACAACCAGGAGGAGGGCUGGAAGUGGGGCGGCUGCUCGGCCGAUAUCAAAUACGGCAUCGAGUUUUCCCGCCGGUUCGUCGACGCCCGAGAGAUUAAGAAGACGCCGCGUCGCCUGAUGAACCUGCACAACAACGAGGCGGGGAGAAAGGUUCUAGAAGAAAGGAUGAAGCUGGAGUGCAAGUGCCACGGCGUGUCGGGCUCCUGCACCACCAAGACGUGCUGGACGACGCUCCCCAAGUUCCGGGAGAUCGGCUACGUGCUGAAGGACAAGUACAACGAAGCCGUGCACGUGGAGGUGGUGCGCGCGAGCCGCCUGCGCCAGCCCACCCACCUGAAGGUGAAGCAGACUCAGGGCUACCGCAAGCCCAUGGACACGGACCUCGUCUACAUCGAGAGGUCGCCCAACUACUGCGAGGAGGACGCGGCCACAGGCAGCGUGGGCACGCGCGGCCGCCUGUGCAACCGCACCUCGCCGCACACGGACGGCUGCGACCUGAUGUGCUGCGGGCGGGGCUACAACACGCACCAGUAUACCAAAGUGUGGCAGUGCAACUGUAAGUUCCAGUGGUGCUGCUUCGUCAAGUGCAACACGUGCAGCGAGCGGACGGAGGUGUUUACCUGCAAGUAGGACACGAGGAGGGGAGGGACCGUCGAGAGAUCUUUUUGUCCCAUCGAGAACUGGCUUCAGCUCUUCACUGCACCGUUUUGCACAGAAGAAUCCAAACAAACUCUGCAACACACCAGGCGGAGAUACCCCCCGGACGCCAGGAUGUACGCGGUGACGUCGCGAGACGACGAGGCACGAGUGACGUGACAAAACGAUGGUGCUCGAGUGACAUCACAGGACGACAAAUGACGUCUUUUCGUUGCAUUUCCACUAGAAAGGAGCGCUGGACCGGACGUGGACGACGCGUGUUGGGCACGAAUGUUCUCAGCAAGGUGUACCAAAAAACUCUUGUUGCUGCCAACUGGAAUACGGUGGAGUUAAUGUUAGUCUUCCAGUCACACUGGAACUUGUCUGUUGUGAACACUGAAAAAUAAAAUGUUUAUUUAUGUAAUAGUAUCUUUAAAAAAAACAAAGCACUAACGGGUAGAGAUGUCUUUUUUUGUACUAAGUGUAAAGAAAGUACUUUAAGAACUCUUGACUGAAGCUGUAUGUCUUUAAGGCUAGCUGCACCCUUGGGCUUUGGUACUCUGGUCCGGACCAAAAAUGUAAAAAAAAUCAUCUUACUUGAUAAGCGCUUUUGUGCAGUUUGCUUAGCGUUCACGCUGGUGUUUUUUGUCAGAAGAACAAAUAUUCCAAACCAACAUGGCACCUGCUGGGUUGAAUGCAGGGCUUAUUUAUAUAUUCUGCUCUAUUUGCCGGCAUAAAUUUCACCAAAAGCUUCUAAAAUAUACUCUUAAAUAACGCCAAGAGUGGCGUGCAUUCUCGUUUGUCGUGUUUGGUUCGGUUAAAAGGAACUUUUAAGGUUUGUUUGGUCGAGCGUGAAGGCCAUCAUCCCAAUUCUGUCUGACGUCAGCGCUUGCCCUCAUCACUUUGCUGCAUGUUUCUUUCCUCCUGGAAACGGACGUUUACCUUGGAAAUCAUGACAAAAUACGUCGUUUCCGGCAUAUCGGCCAACACUACCCGCUGUCGUUACCUCCACCAAGCGCAAAGUUUUACAUAGAGUGUUACGUUUUGGACGGAAAUGCUCCAAAGACGAUGACUUCAGUCGGUGUUUUCUUGUCAACGACGUGUCCCGAAACUGUAUGUUUAAAUAAAGACCAAGAUUUCAAUCUUUAAAAGAUAUAGUAAUAAUAAUAUUUCAUAAAUAUUUAAAAAUCACGAUGAACACUAAACGGACCAAAGAUACGGUCCAGUGUUAAAACGACAAGCAGACAAAUGCGUAAUAUAAAACGCGCUGGAAGUUGCUCUUUAAAAGUAUACUUUAGAAGCUUUUGGUCAAAAUCUAAGCUGGUUAGUAUAGCAGGAUAUAAAAUAGAAUAUAAAAAAUAUACACAAAUAUAAAAAGGCAAUUCAUUUAAAAUAAAUCUAUAAAAAGUAUACUAUAAUUUUAAAAAAAUAUAUGACUAUAAAGUCAAUUAAAGCUGCGAUCGGCACUGAAUGGGCCCUCGCACCCCCACGCAGAGAUGAAUUCAGGAAGUGACCCAUGUAUGGCUUCAAGGCGUCGUCUUCAUCGUAUGUGCCCAUAGCGAUGAAGAUCUGAUGCUGUGCAACUGAGUCGUUAACGUUUACGGUUUAGUGGCGAAUUGGCAGAUUGAUCAUCAUAGUUUGUUGCCGAGCCCCGCCCACAUCUUACGCAACAGCCUACAAUCCUUCACAAUGUAACAUGGCCGUCUGUCUGAUUAGCGUGAUUUUCAUUUGGGCUCAUUUGGUCAAAGUGGCCAGGACUACGUUCGUUGAAAAUACAACCCCUGGUUUUCGCCCCGAAACCAAAAUGGCUGACUUUCUGUUCGUUUUGGAACAUGGAUUCUUGAGACCCUUUUUCGUUUAUCCGUUUAUCCUUUUUCGUUUCGUUUGUCACCAUAUUUUGUGACGUUCCGUGAAAGCGGUUGCAUGGGCUAAGAUUUUCAACGUUUAAAGGGGGCGCUACUGAGUGCGUUUUGGUGGUUUGUGUUAAAAUGUCACGUUUUUGCAAAUUUGGGUGAGUUGCCAUGCAUGUUAAGGCCCUCAAAAAUGCAAGAAAAGUCUAUGAUAUAAUUAAAAACAACAAAAAAAGGAAACGUAGCAGUUUGAAGAGGGCCUUUGCACGUCGGUGCUCGGGCACUAAUCAUCUAAAACAAUAAGAAAAAAUAAUACAAAUAAUUUUAGUCACAUGACAAAAAUACCAGUGUGAACACUCCGAAAUGUUGCAUUUUUGGUCCAACCAGAGUAGCGAACCUCAACAGUGAAUGCAGCCUAAGAAACCACGGCACCCCACCCCUGUUAAACACCUCAUCUUCUCUGUUUAAAAACUCACAUUCCAACACCUUGGCUCUAUUUAACUGUUGAUGUUUGGGUGGGGGGGUUGUUUGUUUGGUUGUUUGUUUUUUUGUUUGUUUUUUUGCCGGUCCGUUGUUUUUCCACACAGAGUUACGUCUUUCUGGAUGUUUCCGCAGCAGGAAUGUUUCAUUGUCGUUUUGAGUGCUGCACUGAUACUUUGCUCUUCAGUCGUGCUAAAUAAAAGCCCC